CUGAAAGCGCGUCAAAAUAAACGAAGUUCUUCACCAUUUAGUGAACACUGCAAUGUAAAAAAAAACUUAUAUCUGUUCAACGCCAGGAAUCGAGUCAGAAAAAAAAUAGUUGUUCCCUUAGUUUGAAUCGUUUUUCCCAAAUAAGUGAGGGAGUUUGCAUGGAAAGGAAUUCGGAAACAAAUCAAGGCAAAUAAUAGUCCAUUAGAAUAUGAAAACAUAUCACAUUCGGAAGAAAAUUUUGACCCCAUUUCCAUAUCACUUGAAAUUGAAAAGCAUUCCUUAGAGGAUAAUGAAAUGAACAAACAAAAUAUUACAUCAGAUAGUUUCAAUAUUUUUCAUUAUAAAAAAGAAGAGCAGGUAAUUCGAAAGACAAAAAAUUACACUUUAUUGAAACAAUUGUGAAAAGUAACAUUUCUUAUGAAGCGUUGAGAUCAUAUAGAUGUGAAUCUAGUGAUUUUCGAAAAAAAUAUGUCAAGGACUCGGAUUGGGCAAUAGAAAAAUAUGUGGGAAAAAACAAAUAUGUAUACUAUUAUUAUAGAAAACAUAUCGCAGUUAUGAAAGCGCGAGUUACAUAUCCCACAUAUUCCAGCACGUGGCAAGGAUGCUGACCAAGCACCUACGGAGCAUCCGUCCAUGGAAUCUUUCCGUUAUCGAAUUAUUUUUCAUUGUCAUUAUAAAUAAGAUUCAGGGCCACUAAUUGAUCAGUCUUGACUUAGUCUUCGCGAUUUUUUGUACGAAUCAUUCGUCACAAUUAUCAUACAUUGUAAUAUUUGAAAUAAAAUAAUUUUUUCUAAUUACAGUCUCUCCCACAAAACUUAACUGGCGCAGUCGACGGAGUUUUUGUGACGUUCUAUCCAGAAACCUGCAAAAAUCCGAACCUAUCAUCCAGUGGGUCCAUCCAGGAAACCGCAUGGAAUUAGCAUUCUUCACUAAGUGGUGAGUUAUACUGAUAUAUUGAUUCUUUUGCAUUUUAUGUCAGACUCCUCUAAAAUACGGUCCGAUUCAAUCCUUGAAGACGAUUCUGAUUUAGAGCAAGAUUCAUUAAACUCUUUCAAAAAUCUUAGUAUAAAACCAAUUUCUAUUAAUUUAAAUACAAAUAAGAUGGCUACUGUUCCAAAUUUUGAUUCGAAAGAUUUGAGCAUUAUUCCUGAUUUCGAUGGAAAUCCUAACAAACUUCAUAGAUUUAUUGCGGCCUCGGAAGCCUUGUUAGGUCAUUAUUUUGAUGUAAAUAACACCAAUAACUUUCAAAAUUUGCUUUUAUUAAAUGGCAUUCUUAAUAAAUUGCAUGGUCGAGCUGAAGAAAUAGUAGUUAUUUAUGGGGCUACAAACAACUGGAUUGAAAUUAAAAAUGCUCUUAUUCAAAAUUUUAGUGAUCAAAGAGAUGAAAAUAGCUUGAACCAAGGUUUAGUUAAUUCUAGGCAAAAUUUCAAUGAAUCCCCUCAAGAAUUUUAUGAAAGAAUUUUACAUUUAUUGAACACUAUUUGCAAUUAUAUUGACCUUCGGUGCAGAGCCGGAGAUCAAGAAAGUAAAAGAGUAUUUUUCAAAAAUCAAGCUUUGAAGACCUUUCUGGCAGGAUUAAGAGAUCCUUUAGGCCCUAUUAUAAGAGCUAUGCGGCCAGAUUCAUUAGCACAGGCACUUCAAUUCAUCCUUGAGGAGGACAAUAUCAAACACCUUCAAAUAGACCAAUAA